UUUCAAUAGAAUUCGCAUUGCCUUUCUUGCUUGACAAACCGCAAUGACGUUUGAUUGAGUACGGUUGUCUACUCGUCUCCGUCGCGCAUCCUAGCGAUUUCUGUGAAUUAGUAAUAAAUUGACGGGCCACCGGUGUAUCGUCCACCGCGUGUUGCCAUGGCGGACGAAGAGAAUAAUUGUGAUGAUGGUGGUGGUGAAGUACGAGCUGAUCAGGCGUUUCGGCUUCGAGGCCGCAAGGGUGCCCUGAAGAAGAAGAAUGUUUACUUCGUGAAGGAUCACAAGUUUAUGCCGCGGUUCUUCAAACAGCCCACCUUCUGUUCACACUGCAAAGAUUUCAUAUGGGGCUUCGGUAAACAAGGCUUCCAGUGUCAAGUGUGCAGUUUUGUGGUACACAAACGAUGCCACGAGUACGUGACGUUUACGUGUCCCGGCGCGGACAAGGGCGCCGAUUCCGACGACACUCGUACCCGGCACAACUUCCGCAAUCACACAUACUCGUCACCGGCGUUCUGCGACCAUUGCGGGUCGCUGCUCUACGGCCUCAUCCAUCAGGGCCUCAAAUGUCAAGCAUGCGACAUGAACGUUCACAAGAGAUGCGAGGAGUCUGUGCCCAACUUGUGUGGCUGCGAUCACACGGAGCGGCGCGGCCGCAUACAGCUGGUCAUCUCGUGCCAAGGGAACAAGCUCACCGUGGAAGUGAAGCAAGGUCGCAACCUGAUACCAAUGGACCCGAACGGCCUAUCUGACCCAUACGUCAAGAUGAAGCUCAUCCCGGACUCCGACAACGUCAAGAAAAAAACCAAGACCAUCCGAAGCACUCUCAACCCGGUGUGGAACGAGACAUUGUCCUUUGAUCUCAAAGCUGAAGAUAAAGACCGUAGACUACUCAUUGAAGUAUGGGAUUGGGACCGUACAUCUCGCAACGACUUCAUGGGAUCCCUUUCUUUCGGCAUCUCCGAGCUGAUGAAGGCACAAGCCGAGGGCUGGUUCAAACUCCUCACCCAAGAGGAAGGGGAGUUCUACAACGUCCCGGUCCCCGAAGAGGGUACUGAUCUCGCCCAGCUGAAGACGCAGAUGAGGGCAACUAGCGUCGGCGCUCGUAGGGCUCCACCCCCGCCUGAUAGAGAGGUCCCACACAACAUGGCUGCCGCUGAUGUCAUCAGAGCAUCCGAUUUUAACUUCAUAAUGGUGCUCGGCAAGGGAUCUUUCGGAAAGGUAAUGCUAGCGGAACGUCGUGGUACGGACGAAUUGUACGCCAUCAAGAUUCUAAAGAAGGACAUCAUCAUACAGGAUGACGACGUCGAGUGCACGAUGGUGGAGAAACGGGUGCUGGCACUCAGCACCAAGCCACCGUUCCUCGUGCAACUGCAUUCUUGCUUCCAGACCAUGGACCGGCUAUAUUUCGUAAUGGAGUACGUGAAUGGCGGUGAUCUCAUGUUCCAAAUACAGCAGUGUGGGAAAUUCAAAGAACCUGUAGCCGUAUUUUACGCAUCAGAAAUUGCCAUCGGAUUAUUCUUCCUCCACUCUCGUGGCAUCGUGUACCGAGACUUGAAGCUCGAUAACGUACUUCUAGAUCAGGAUGGUCACAUAAAAAUUGCUGACUUUGGCAUGUGCAAGGAAGGUAUUACAGGUGACAAAACAACAAAGACCUUCUGCGGCACGCCAGAUUACAUUGCGCCGGAGAUCAUUUUAUACCAGCCGUAUGGGAAAUCUGUUGACUGGUGGGCGUAUGGAGUGCUGCUGUAUGAGAUGCUCGUAGGACAGCCACCUUUCGAUGGAGAAGAUGAAGAAGAACUGUUCGCAGCCAUCACGGACAAUAGCGUGUCAUAUCCGAAGACACUGAGUAAGGAGGCAAAAGACGCAUGCAAGGCGUUCCUUACCAAAAACCCUCAGAAGCGUUUGGGUUGCGGCGCGCGUGGAGAAGAGGAUGUCCGCACGCACCCGUUCUUCCGACGCAUUGACUGGGCGCGUAUUGAAGCCAGGGAUGUCCAGCCACCAUUCAAACCCAAAAUCAAACAUCGUAAGGACGUGUCUAAUUUCGACAAGCAAUUCACUCAGGAGAAGACAGAGCUGACGCCCACCGACAAGCUGUUUAUGAUGAAUCUCGACCAGACCGAGUUCAUGGGCUUUUCAUUCCUCAACCCGGAGUACGUGCAGCACGUCUGAACGUGGAAGGGUUGAAUCAUUCUUCUCACGUCAUUGGAGCUGACUUAGCGCUCGAGUCUUCGGUUUCAAAGCGCGAACUCUUCUUCAUCUAUCGACUGUCUCUGUCACUCAUACGACGCCGGUCGUAAGCUAUCUCGUUCAUACUCGACUGUUAACUAUGUUAAGUUCGAAUGUUAAGAUCUAUAAAGUUUAUCUUGAAUCGGGGAUAAUAGGACAAUUAGGAGCAGAUUUUAACACCAGUUUUGUAAAAGAUAAGAUAUAUUAUUGAAGUAAUAUAUUGGAGGAAAAAGUGCUCAUUCCCUAAUCUUUAAGUUUUGUUUUUCUUCCAAACAUAUUCUUCAUAAUCCAUCCAAUACGACAUGACUUAAACUCGUUUUGGUAUACUUUUAUUUCUAUAAGUUUUUAUUUAUUCGUUUCACUGCAAUAAUAUCGCAAUUAGAUAUUUUAACGAAUUUUUCAAAGCAAUAAUAAAUACUAAUAUAGUUGUGUUACAUAAUACGCUCUCUAUUCAUAAUCUCGAUUUCAUUUGACAUUAAUAUUCCUUAGACUGUUAUUUAAGUCAAUCAUUAAAAAAAAUAAAGCGUGUCUAUUAAUUUUUGUGCUGAUUGUUUUGUGAGAAUCUCGACAAGUAUUAACAUUAUCACGACCUUGGGGCCAUUUGGUAUGUAAUGAAUUUAUGGUUACUUACACUGGUACUUGACUUGUCAAUAUUUUAUGUCUCUAAGCGCGGGAAAGCAUAAUAUUGAUAUUUAAGUGUGGCUAACGCCAUUUUGUUGUUUCUCAUCUGUCACAUAUCAGUGUUAAAUGUAAAUAAAAUUAAUUAAUUCUACGUCGUGUCGUGUGGAUGGCGGUGUUUGUUGCACGUUUUUUGGUGUGUCUAUAAUUUCAUAGAUUAACUAUAUUUUUUUUAUCCAUUUAUAAAUCUCACAGUAAUUUGAAUCUCUAUACGAUGUGCUUUUAUUUUAUUAGAAAUACUUAGCGU